GUGGUGAGAGAUGGGGCUUCAGCCCCUCAAACAGGCACUUGGAGGGGGCAGACCUUCUCAAGACCCUGCCCACUCACCUGGGCUUCAGGAGAUAGACUGCACUGUACGGGGAAAGUCAGGAGGGUCCUGAGACAAACACGCCCCAGUUGUCCCCUGGAUGCCAGGGUAGGAUCACCUCCACGGUUUAGUUGUUCCAGGAGAAUAAGCUGAUAAGAGGAGAGAAGGGAGAUGGAGAAGGCCAGCUGGGGCUUACCCAGGACUGUGGGCAGUGCUUGCUGAGGCCGAAGGCACCAGGUGCAUUUUCUCUUGGAUAAGUAAGUGGGGCUGGAGUACUGACUAGUCCUGCCCUAAAUUCUAUUCAAAACAGUCGAGUCAGGUGUGGUGGUAUACACCCAUAAGGCAGAGGUGGGCUACGUGGUGAGAAUAUCGCCUCCCUCAAAAAAAGAGCCUAGAGUCCAAUGCACAGAGGAAGGUGGGCAUUCAUUUUAACUAACACUUCUUUGCAUAGUCAACUAAGAAGAAGGCAGAAAUGGCCAAAUAGAAAAUGGGACAAUUGUGAUGAGCAGGGUGGGUGCCAUUCCAGCCUUCUGGGACUACUCUGAGCAGGAUAGUAUGUGAGCUGGGCCUUUAGGAGUACUACGUGCAGUCAGGAUGUGGUGAGAGUAUUUCAGGCUAAACAAAAAAAGAGAGACAGGAGCUGCAGUUUUCAUGGUGAAGGUAUGGCAGUAACGAGAAUGUGUGACAGUAAGUUGGAAAGGAGGCAGAGGACAAACUAGAGAAGCCCAGGUAAGAGGUGUAUGUCCUGUGGGCAGUGGGGAGCCACUGAAUGUUACACAGUGGGGGAGAGUUGUGGCAUCUGACUUGUAUUAGAGACAGGUCUGAUGUCGCCGAAAAGAGUUUUUUGCAGCGGGCGGAUGGGGGAGGGCACUACAGGAACUCAGCAGUGGUCAUUUAAGAGAAGAGGUGACUCAGAUUUAUCAAAGAGGCGUGUGGACAGCACCAGGGCAUCCCUGGACCUCCAGGAAUCUCACUUCUCACCCCUGCCCCCAGCAUGUGCACAUGGCUGUUGCUGCUGGGCAGGAGAGUCAUGCUGCUGUGUCAUUUCUGGAGUGCUGCCACAGCACACUGGGACCUUCCACAAGGGGACACAGAGCAGUCCUCUUCCAUUCAUUCACCCAACAAAUAUAGCCACAGGGCUGCAAGGACACAGGCGCCCACAGAGCCAGCCUCUGGGCCGAGCUCUUCACAAGCGUUCUCUCUCAUCUGAAGUGUGGUCGUGGAAUCAGGUGGGAGUUUUGUUUUGAUUCACAAACCUGCAUCCAAUUUCACAAGCAUUCACUGAGUGCAGACUCUGCCAGCCCACAAACACAAAUCCAGAGGCAGCCUGAAUAAGAAGUGGGUGGUGCUACAAUCCAUAAAUAAUCCCUCCUGCCUCACAGGGAGCUUGUGGCCCCUCAUGUUGGUAGGAGCAGAGGCACAGAGGCCGCCUUGGGUUGUGGCUUACCAGGUAAGGUCAUCCUUGCCCAGAGCUACAGGACGCCAGAGAUGCUGAGUCUGCAUGCCAUUAUGCACUCACUCAUUCCUUGUCCGUUCAUUUAACAAGCAGUGGGUGAGCAACCAGUACAUGCCAGGCCCUGUCACAGUGAAUGCUGGAGACAGGUGACUAAGCCAGAAGUCCUCCCUCUGGAUGCUUUCCAGUCACCAAGCCAGGGUCCCACAAACAACAGUAGCUUUAGCAUUGUUUCAGGUGAGGCCAGCACAGGGAGACCCCAAAUUAUAGAAUCAUAUAAACAUGGCAAGAAAGGCAGUCAAGGAGACUGGAGAGGGGUGUAACUCAGUUGGUCGAGCACUCGCCUGACAUGUAAAGCCCUGAGUUCCAUGCUCAGUACUACAAAAAAUAAAAGUAAAUGGGAGGCAUCAGAAAUAAAACCUAGAACCCUCCCUGGGAGAAGCUAACACCAGGGGUCAGUGGGAAAUGAGCAAGGUGCCUGGGUCACAUGGGGGGCAAGUUCUCCCCAGCCGACCUCCUACCUUGUUACCCUUAUCCUGGGCACCUAUUCCUAGAUUCACAACUAUCUGAGCUGCUUGGGAGACUCCAGGAAGGGGGUGCCAGAACUUCACUAAGAGUGGAGAAGCAGCCUGGAAAAACCAGCUUCAGGUGGAGAGAGGAGGCUCAUCAUACCAUGACAACAUGAUCACGAAAGCUAGAAGCUGCUGUUCCAUCCAAGCUCUAGAUUUCACAGGGCUGAACAUUUCUGAGAAAAUACAGUUCUUGAUAGAACUGGCAAGCUUUUAUAUUGCCAAAGGGCUUUGCAGAAGGAAAGAGAUGAUGGGACUGGGGGCCGUAGCUCAGUGGUAGAGCUCUUGCCUAGCCUGUGCAGGGCCUGGGUUCAGUACUGGGGGAGGGGAUCAAAAACUACCAUCUGAUCACAAUUACCUCACCCAAGGAGAUUUUUCCCAAUUGGACUCCUGGAUCCUUGGGUUCUACCUCUCUGGACUCGAACAGCCCCAGGUGGAAACUUUCUUACAAACUUUAUGUGUGUGAAUAUUUUUCUCCAUGUAUAUCUUUGCUCCACAAGCAUGUCUGGUGACUGCAGAGGCCAGAAGAGGGAGUUGGAUUCCCUAGAACUAGAAUUACAGAUGGAAUUACAGCCGCCAUGUGGGUGCUGGGAAUCAAACCCACGUCCUCCAAAGAGCAGCCCAUGCGCUUAACUCCUGAGCCAGCUCUCCAGCUCUUUGGAAAAUUUUAAAUUUGUAUCUGUAAUGAACAUGAGCAGACUUUUCACCUUGUCUUUAUCCCCUAAACAAUAAAAAGAACUAUACAACAUUCACAUUGUAUUAGUCAUUAUAUGUAACAUUGAGAUGAAAAAAUACAGAACAGCCUCCUGGUGGUGGUGGCACAUGCCUUUAAUCCCAGCACUUAGGAGGCAGAGACAGGCAGAUCUCUGAGUUUGAGGCCAGGCUACAAAGCGAAUUCUGGACAAUCAGGGCUAACCAGAGAAAACCUGUCUUGAAAAGAAAAAGGAAAGUUUAUAGGACUCUAUGUGUGUAGGUUAUAAAGAAAUAUGACAUGUUUUAUACAAUAGACUUAGGUACGCUAGAAUUUGUUGUGGUGGUUCUUGUUGUUUUGGGUUUUGAGACAGGGUCUCACUAUGUAGCACCAGCUAGCCUGGAACUCACUAUGUGGACCAGAUGGGCCCUCCAGUGCAGUAAUCCUCCUGUUUCAGUUUCCCGAGUGCUGAGAUUGUAGGUGUGAACUACCACACCCUGACAAAAAUUUCUCAUAACCUUCCACUUGGCUGAAAACCACACCAAUAGCUGUCACCAAAUAAUCUUAAAUAGCUUUCAAUGGCUUUCCAGAAACUUCGAAGAGCCGCUCCUGGGAAGCUGUCCAUGGACAUGCUGGUUCUAGAGGAAGAGAAGCGCCUUGGGAUGCAGAGUCCCGCUUUACAAAAGGUGAAGGGCCAAGAGCGCGUGCGCAAGACAUCCCUGGACCUGCGGCGUGAGAUCAUUGACGUGGGUGGGAUCCAGAACCUCAUAGAACUGAGGAAAAAACGCAAGCAGAAGAAGCGAGACGCACUGGCUGCGGCCCAGGAGCCACCUCCAGAGCCGGAGGAGAUCACUGGCCCCGUGGAUGAGGAAACAUUCCUGAAAGCUGCAGUGGAGGGGAGGAUGAAAGUCAUUGACAAGUACCUGGCAGAUGGAGGUUCAGCAGACACCUGUGAUGAGUUCCGACGGACAGCACUGCAUCGUGCCUCCCUGGAGGGCCACAUGGAGAUAUUGGAGAAACUUCUGGAGAGUGGGGCCACCGUGGACUUCCAGGAUCGGCUGGACUGCACAGCCAUGCACUGGGCCUGCCGUGGAGGCCACCUGGAGGUUGUGAGACUCCUCCAAAGCCGAGGAGCCAACACCAACGUGAGAGACAAGCUACUGAGCACUCCCCUGCAUGUGGCUGUCCGUACUGGACACGUGGAGAUUGUGGAACACUUUCUUUCCCUGGGUCUGGAUAUCAAUGCCAAAGACAGGGAAGGGGACAGUGCCCUGCACGAUGCUGUGAGACUCAACCGCUACAAAAUCAUCAAACUGCUGCUCUUGCAUGGGGCCGACAUGAUGGCUAAGAACCUGGCAGGAAAGACCCCCACGGACCUGGUCCAGCUAUGGCAAGCAGACACCCGGCAUGCCCUGGAGCAUCCUGAGCCAGAAUCAGAACAUAACGGACUGGAGAGGCCUGGGAGUGGGCGUGAGACCCCCCAGCCGGUACCAGCCCAGUAAAUACCUACCCCCAGAUGGGCAAUAGUCCCCUACUAUGAGUUAGUUGCCUGCAGCCAGUCUGGGAGGAACACCCACAGACUCAACACAAUAAAGUGCUGU